AUGGAUCGGAUCUCUGAUCUACCCGACCCCAUCGUCCACCAUAUCAUGUCCUUCCUCACAACCCUAGACAUCACAAAGAUUUCCAUCUUGUCCAAGAGAUUCUUCUUCCUAUGGAGCUCCUUUCCCGUCAUUGAUUUUGAUCAAUCAACGUUCGCUCGAACAUCUCAAGGUACGUUAGCCUUCGUAACCGAUGCCUUUCUUAAUCACAUUCAUAAUUCGACUCGGUUACGUAGAAUCGACACCGUUUUAUCUAAAUUUAGGGUUAAAGCCAAUCUAAAUGGGAUAUCGGUUGAUCGUAGAUUUGAUUCCGCAAUCUCGUUUGCACUCGAGAAUGGGGUUAAAAUUAUGGAUCUUAAUUUAGGGUUUGCAAAGUACCAGUUGCCUGUUUCAUUUGCUUCCGAAUCGAUCAACGUUUUGAGUUUAAACGGGCUCAAAUUUGAUUUAUGUGACCUAAUUCUAGCUUGCCCUUCCUUGGGGACUUUGUCUCUAACUUCAUGUGAAUUUCUACGAGACGUCAAUUUUUCGAGUCUAACCCUAACGGAUAUCAAGCUUCGUUGGUGUGUUGUUAAGUUUAUUAAGAUCAAGGCUUUGAAUCUUCACUAUUUUUUCUUCGAUGCGGACAAACAUCAUCCUACGCGUUGUCAGAUUAAUCUUUUGCAGUGUGAAAACAUUAGGCACUUGUGGUUGCACAAUCUUGUAAACGGACAUGAUUGGAUCGAAGAACAUGCUAAUUCAUUGGGUGAACUUGAAACCUUCAUCCUCAAUGGAUGCCAAGAUAUCAAACAGAUUAGGGUUUGCAAUGAGAAACUAGAAAGAGUUAAUCUUUUUAAUUGUCCUGCACUAGUUUCAGUCGAAGUUAUAGCACCAUCUCUUAAAUAUUUCUGCUACAGAGGGACUGAUCGGAAUCGGGUAUGCAACAUUAGUUUCACAGCUUCAUCACGUAUCCGAUAUCUUUCGAUAGAGGACGCAGGGAUUACCGAUCAAUGGAUGGAAGCCCAACUUGCUAAAUUUCGUUGUCUAGAGGGUCUAAGACUCGUGGCUUGUAAUUCUUUAAAGAAGGUCAAGAUUGUUCAUGAAAAUCUUCAGGAAUUGGAGUUAUACAACUGCCUUCGUUUGACAGAAGCCGAAAUCAACACACCACAACUGUUGUGUUUCGAGUAUCGUGGGGGUAUCAUCGAGUUGUGUACCAUGGUUACUCGAAGUCUAUGUACUGCAACUCUAUUUAUGAAACCAUGGGUAACUUACAACAAUGAAUCGUUUUAUGGAUUGAGGAAGUUGCUCUCAUUUUUUGGUCAUUGCCAGUCCUUGAAAGUGUCUUGCAGCUGGCAGAAGUUUGCCUACAACGAAAUGAUAGGAGAGGAAGAAGAUAAAAACCCAUUUUGUUGCAGAAGUAAACCUAUAAAAUGCUGGAGGCAUAACUUAACGAGGGUGGAUAUUAAAAGCAGUGACGACGUCUGUCCCAAUAAUGGAGUCGAACUGCAGAAAUAUUUUCGUGCAAACACGAUGAUAUGCAACGGCAACGGUGUUAGGCGAGAUUACGUGGAUCCACUUCCAUACUGGCCUGUGAACAUGGUGGUUGGUCCGUACCGAGUCGAGGAUAGGCCGAUUCGUGCCUCAACUCCCUCCAUCUAUGAAUAA